AUGCCCGGGGCAGCGCCCGGCGCGGCGGCCGCGAAGCCCCAGGCGCCAGACCGCCUGGUCGCGACCCUGCGCCCCAGGAGCGCCCGGGCUCCGUGCAGCUCAGCGGGACGCCACAGCGGCGAUUACGUGGGCCGGCCAUCGCUCGGGGGCGCCCUCGACCAGCCGUGGGGCGAGGCCGCCUCGCCGCCGCGGCGCACGCGGCCUGUGGCCCCUGCGCCAUGGCAGCGGUCCGAGAAGCCCGCGGCCACGCCGCGCUUCGAGCCGUCGAUGGGGCUGCUGAAGGGCGGCUGGCACGUCAAGGCGCCGCCCGCGGGCGAGGAGCUGCUGCGCGACCCGAUCCUGCACCACACCCACGUGGUCGUCCGCAGGCUCGACGGGGCCGUGGCCUUGUGCAGGAGCGGCUGGGAGAAG